GUCUGCAAAGACUGUUAAAGAGCAACAAGUAUCAAGUUGCAGCAUCACAACUCAGAAAAACAGUUUAUCCCUCGCAUUCAUUUCCUCUCCCUACUGUCACUGUUUAAUGAAGCAACAACCAAACGGCCCAAAGUAAUAUUGAUAUUUCUUUUAUUGAUUGUUUAUGCGGCGCGGAGGAGGCUGCAGUCACGAGGAAGGUUCAAAGUAAACAUUAAUAACCCAACUCAAAGGGAGUCAUAUCAUCCCAAUUAUUCCUCAACAUAACUGCUUUGAACGGUUGAUUGUCUAAUUGGAGCAAACUGGAGGAGGUAUGAUGAAGAAGCUUGCAGGUGGAGCGAUGGCACAUAGGGAUGGAAUAAUGUUUGGUACAGAGGUGUCUGUGAUCCAGGUUUUUCUCACUCUCCCGCUGAUUGUUUUAUAAACUAUGACUAUUUCAUGUGAAGCCUGGCAGGUGGAAAAACAUCCAUCCCAAAAAAUCUACAUACGUACAUGUAUAAAUAUAUUGGCACGGUGUGAAACUAUGCAGUUCUCAAAUAUUUGCUUGUCCCUGCUGUCUUAUAUGAAACUAUGAUUAGUUGAAGAUGAGAGGCAAUCAAAAGGCAUUCAGCAUUUGUUGCCAAAGACUUUCAGAGGAUACAAAAUGCUGGAUCUGAUUUCAAAGCCUCAAAAGUCUACAGUGAGAUGGAUAAUAUACACACUGGCAGUUGUUGUUGGUGUGGUGGGAGGGGGCCGGGAUGCUCAUCUCUCUGUCACAGAAUAUAAAUCUGCGCCCGAAUACCCCCCCGCCCUCGCUCAGGGCUAUAUGUCACCAGCGACGCUGCGUUUAAGAACACCAGAACAAAGAGAAAAGAGGAGCCACAGGCGAUUGCAGCAUCCAGGAAAUCCAACAUGUCCGACAGAAGCAUCACGAAAGAAAAGAAGGAGGAGGAUGAUGAACAAGAGGCUAAACUGCUGGUGGAGCAGAGUCCCACAGAUGGAGCGUUAACAGACCAGAACGCGAUGGCACGAGAGGCUUUGGACAGGAGGAACAUCUGGGAGCCGAGUGUCUACUACGCGCUGGGCAGAGAGACUUUUUUAAUCGCUGGUCACGACAUCAGCAUCCGUGAAUCCAUGGAUACGUACGGCGCUCUGAUCUGGCCGGGGGCCGUGGCUUUGAGCCGGUUCUUGGAGAACAACCAGCAACAAGUGAGCAUGAUGGACAAGGCGGUGCUGGAGAUCGGGGCCGGGACCGGCUUGCUCUCCACGGUGGCCGGGCUGCUCGGUGCCUGGGUGACAGCGACCGACCUGCCAGACAUCCUGCCCAAUCUGACUUUCAACCUUCUGCGGAACACCAAGGGCCGGUCCCGCUACGCCCCUCAGGUGGCCGCCCUCACCUGGGGCCAGGACCUGGGGCGAGACUUUCCUUACCCGUCCUUCCGCUACGACUACGUGCUGGCAGCAGAUGUGGUCUACCCCCACGGCUGCCUCCAACAGCUGCUGGAAACCAUGCGGCACUUUUGCCGAGCGGGCAGCCGAACCACGCUGCUGUGGGCCAACAAGGUGCGCUUCCAGUCGGACUUGAGGUUCACAGAGUGUUUUAGGAGAAGUUUCAACAGCACGCUGGUCCUUGAGCUCCCACAGCAGGAGGUGAGGAUCUACAAGGCCACAGCCAAGGAGUGAUGGAUGGGCUUCAGAAGGGGGGGGGGGGUGCUUUGAUUCGAAAGGCUUUGUGUUCAAGUUUUAAAAGGGGAAAAUGCAGCAGGUUUUCCUCACUGAUUUUAUAUGUUCUAGAGAAAAAAAUUUGAUUUGUCCCAUGCAGAGAAGUGUUGAUCUAGUGAAUAAUAAACAUUUGAAAGCAAUAGAGAGCCUGAGAGGCUUAUUA